AUGCUCGCCCGCCUCGCCAUGACGGCGCUCGCAGCCCUCUCCGCGACUCCAGCACUCGCGAAGCUGCAGUCGAUGCGCGCUACGAUCCCUGGGUCGCUUCAUCAGUGCGAGCAAACCAACCUCUUCUUCUUCGACACCUCCAACACCCGCCCCCUCUCCGUCCUCUUCCUCCCAAGCUCUCAAGUGCCGGACUCGCUUCGGUCCGGGACGACCACCGUCAGCGAGGCAGAGAAGUACAGCCCUGUGUUGGCGCUGGAGGGGAUUGAGACGCCUGAUGCGCAGCAGUACGACUUUGAGUUGCAGAUCAAGGAGGGUGAAGUUGUAGAGCUCUUCGGCUUCCUCCCUGACGGAUCAGGGAAAGCCCUCUCCCUCACUCGCGCAAUCACCACUCCUUUGCCCGGCGCGACCAACUGCCUCAACAACGUCCCUACCUCGAUCGCGGGCGCGGGAAGUGUCACGACUGCUGUGUCGGCAAGUCAGCCGUCUGCUUCGAGCGGAGCUGGAUCGAGCUCAUCCUCGACCUCAAAGGCAAGCUCGUCCUCUUCCUCCGCACCUUCCUCCGGCUCGUCCGCCUCUUCCGCGUACUCGUCAUCUCCCUCUGCGCCUUCCUCGGCCCCGAGCCCGUCUUCCGCAGCUGUCAAGGGCCACGCCGUCGACCCUGCGAUACUCGCUGGCUGGAGUGCGGCAGUUGCGGGAGUUGUCUUUGUUGCGAGCGGAUUGCUAUCGUAG